GUUCUUUGGAAGUUGUAAAUUUUUCAGCACACCAGUGACUCAUACAUACAUACAAAAUGUCUUUGGAACGUCAAGUCCGUAAUAAGAUGGCCGCCAAGCGCGACCCCAAUCAAGACAAAGAAGCCCAAGAAUGGAUCGAAACCAUCCUUGGUGCCAAAUUCCCCCCAGGUGAAGCCUACGAAGAUGUCAUCCGUGACGGUACCGUUCUAUGUCAAGUCAUCAACAAAUUGGCUCCUGGAUCUAUUCCUAAAAUCAACACAUCCGGUGGUCAAUUCAAAAUGAUGGAAAACAUCAACAACUUCCAAGCCGCCAUUAAAGCAUACGGUGUAGCUGACAUCGACGUCUUCCAAACCGUAGACCUGUGGGAAAAGAAAGACAUUGCUCAAGUCACAAACACCCUCUUCGCUCUCGGCAGACAGACCUACAAGCACCCAGAAUGGAUGGGACCCUACCUUGGACCUAAACCCUCCGAUGAAAACAAAAGAGAAUUCUCCCAAGAAACACUCAGAGCCGGUGAAAGCAUCAUUGGUCUCCAAGCUGGUCAGAACAAAGGCGCCAGUCAAGCUGGACAAAACAUGGGUGCCGGCCGCAAAAUUAUCCUUGGAAAGUAAAAUGUUUAGUUUUCUAUUUUUAUUUUUACACGGGUUUUUUUUAUGUUUGUUUAUACGUAACUUCUUAAUUUAAAAGAAAUAAUAAAUUUUAUUUUAACAAUA